GUGAAUAACAAGAAUGGAAGGAGAGGGCACUCGGUCAGUUGAUGUAAAACAGAGCACGAGAAAUCGACGACGAAAACUCACGCGCCUUUGAUCGAUAAUUUGUCCGUAAAUCAGUGAACUCCUCGAUCAUUGUUGUCACGUAUCAGCGAAAAAUGUUUCCCCGAAAACGCGUCGUAGAGCUGUUACAAGUUAUUUCCUCUCAGUCAUGUAAAUGCCCGGCUCAUGGAAAUCUGGAGGGCACGACGAGCCACGAGCUGGGAAAAGCUCGUAGCACAGUCGCGAAUGCUACGCCCACGAAAGAAUACGCUUUCGAGAUGGCCUGUUCCACAGUACGAUAUGGCGUCGGCGUUACCAGGGAACUGGGCCUAGACAUGCAAAAUUUGGGCGCAAAGAAGGUGUGCUUGAUGACGGAUCCGAAUUUAGCGAAUCUCCCGCCAGUUAAGACCGCCAUGGACAGUCUCGCGAAAUCUGGCAUCGAGUUCGAAGUGUACGACAAAGUGCGCGUGGAACCUACGGAACAGAGUCUCGAAGAUUCCAUCCAGUAUGCCAAACGCGGGAAAUUCGAUGCUUUUAUAGCUGUUGGCGGUGGCUCGGUGAUGGACACCUGUAAAGCAGCAAACCUUUACAGCUGUGAUCCAGAAGCAGAGUUUCUGGAUUACGUAAACGCUCCCAUUGGCAAGGGUAAACCAGUCACGGUGCCAUUAAAACCACUGAUCGCAGUACCGACCACGUCGGGCACUGGUUCGGAAACUACCGGUGUUACUAUUUUCGAUUAUCGGCCCCUUAAAGCGAAAACUGGAAUUGCUAAUAGAGCCCUAAGACCCACCUUGGGCCUUAUCGAUCCGAAGCAUACACUGACCAUGCCGGAAAGGGUCUGCGCUUAUUCCGGAUUCGAUGUACUCUGUCAUGCUCUUGAAUCUUUCACUGCCAUGCCAUACACAGAAAGGACACCAUGUCCUACGAAUCCAAUUCUGAGACCAGCCUACCAGGGCAGUAAUCCUGUUAGCGACGUUUGGGCAAAAUAUGCUCUUCAAACUAUGCGCAAGUACUUUGAAAGAGCAGUGUACAACCAAGACGAUCUCGAGGCUAGAAGUAACAUGCACCUUGCAAGCACUAUGGCGGGAGUUGGAUUCGGUAAUGCAGGUGUUCACCUCUGUCACGGACUAUCUUAUCCUAUUAGCGGAAACGUGCGAAGCUUCCAACCUUUGGGUUAUAGCAACGACCAUCCUAUAGUGCCACACGGUCUUUCGGUCGUUAUAUCGGCACCGGCUGUGUUCUUGUUCACCGGAAACGCGUGUCCAGAAAGGCACCUGGAAGCCGCGGAAUUACUCGGUGUUGAUGUCAAACGAGCAAAAAAAGAAGACGCAGGUAGGAUACUAUCGGACACUGUGAAAGAAUACAUGAGGCUGAUGAAAGUCGAGAACGGUUUGACGGAACUGGGAUUCAAGAAAGAAGACAUUCCAACGUUGGUUCAGGGUACACUGCCGCAACAUCGCAUUACAAAGUUAGCGCCAAGAGAACAAUCCGAGGAGGAUCUUACGCAAUUAUUUGAAAAUUCAUUUACAAUUUAUUAAGAAUCAAUAUUAUUGUUAAUACUGAUCCGAAAAAGGGCAACGAAUAAAAGUUUAUUUUUUUACAGAACUAUAUUUCAUGCGA